CCUUUUUUCCUUCUUCUCUCCUUGACAAUCAUGACAGUGACCACUCCUUAGAACAUGUCAAGUUCAGACUCAACCACCACCACAAACACUCCUGCAGACAGCACCCCCAGCACGUCGACUCCAGACGUGAUAGAAGUUCCCCGCUCAGACCUUGUCACAGUUAAAGACACGGACUAUCACACGGACAAGUAUCUUAUCCUCUGCGGAAAAUGUGGCGGCGUCUUGAACGUCGCUAAAUACAGCUGCAUGUGCGAGCAUGGUUCUGAUGUUGCUCGCGCUGCUUGAUUGGUUUAUAACAUUUCCAUGUCUGCCAAAGACAGUCACAAGAAGCGAGAUGCAUAUGCAUACGAUACUCUCAAAACAAGAUGCCUGUCUCAUCAAUCAUUCGUCCCAGUUCGAGCGAGGUAAUACAAAGGAUCGAGCUUCAGCUCUCCAACAAACUCCACUCUAAAUAAUACAUCAAAAACUCACACUUCAGUCACAAGCAAUACUUAACCAACAUUGCUAUUCAGCUGCAGUGCGGCUCCGUUAUCACGUCUUCUUAUAAAUCAUCACCUUUCGCAAGGCAUAUAGAGGGUUACAAUUUGGAAAGGUUAGCGACAAACAAAACAUAGACGGAAUGGGGACAUCAUAUAAAAGGACAUCAAACCGUGUUUCUCUAUAUCGGCCGUAAUGUAUAAUAGUCAUAACAUCAUAUCAUAAAGCUCAACUGGAAAAGCAGAC